AUGAAGGUCCUUCUUGUUCUUUACGAUGCUGGCUCUCACGCUGCUGACGAGCCCAAGCUCCUUGGAUGCACCGAAAACGAGCUCGGUAUCCGAGACUGGCUCGAGUCCCAGGGCCACACGCUUGUCACCACCUCUUCCAAGGAUGGCGCCGACUCUGUGCUCGACAAGGAAAUUGUUGACGCCGACGUUGUCAUCACCACCCCCUUCCACCCCGGCUACAUCAACAAGGAGCGAAUCGACAAGGCCAAGAAGCUCAAGAUCUGCAUCACCGCCGGAGUCGGCUCGGACCACGUUGAUCUCGAUGCUGCCAACGCUCGAGAUAUCGCUGUUCUGGAGGUCACUGGUUCUAAUGUCCAAUCCGUCGCUGAGCAUGUUGUCAUGACUAUGCUCGUUCUGGUCCGAAACUUUGUCCCCGCCCACGAGCAGAUCAUUUCCGGCGGGUGGGACGUUGCGGCGGUCGCCAAGGACUCCUACGAUCUAGAGGGUAAGGUCAUCGGUACCGUGGGAGGCGGCCGAAUCGGUCAGCGUGUCCUCAAGCGAUGCAAGCCUUUCGACCCCAUGGAAAUGCUCUACUACGAUUACCAGCCCAUGCCUGCCGACGUCGAAGAGGAGAUUGGCUGCCGACGAGUCGAGUCGCUCGAGCAAAUGCUUUCUCUGUGUGAUGUUGUCACUAUCAACUGCCCUCUGCACGCCUCCACCAAGGGUCUCUUCAACAAGGAGCUCAUCUCCCACAUGAAGGAUGGAGCCUGGCUCGUCAACACUGCUCGAGGAGCCAUCUGCGUCACCGAGGACAUUGUCGAGGCCCUAGAGUCCGGCAAAAUCCGAGGAUACGGAGGAGACGUCUGGUUCCCCCAGCCUGCCCCCAAGGACCACCCCUGGAGAACCAUGCGAAACAAUUACGGUGGUGGAAACGCCAUGACUCCCCACAUCUCCGGAACCUCCAUUGAUGCCCAGGGCCGAUACGCUGAGGGUACCAAGAAGAUCCUCGAGGUCUUUUUCUCGGGCAAGCAGGAUUAUCGACCCCAGGAUAUCAUCUGUAUCAACGGCCAUUAUGGUACCAAGGCCUACGGUGACGACAAAGAGCAUAAGGAGCAUCAGCUCAAGUAA